GACAGGUGCAUAUCUCAAAACAAGUCUCAGCUUGAAACUGUUCUUGACAAGGUCCAAGCACAAUUCAUCGACGUUGCGGGUCCGUGUCAAUUUGGAUGCAACCUGGUAGUGCCUCGUAGAACAGGUAAUCGCCGUCGUCGCGGAGCGCUCGUCUUACAGGCUCUUUUUUAAUUCUCAGCAUCAUUGGUCCCGAUAAAAUAUCAAUACCUGUUCAACAGGCUUCACGUCUUUGCUCACACUAUUCAAUGGCUUUUAAUCACGGGUCAACCACAGCCCGUGCUGGGCGUGCGAGCUAUCGGGGCAACCAUUUCCAUACAACCACUGGCAGAGGCAGAAAUCGUAGUGAUAUCGACGGUAACAACAUCACACAAGGAACAGGCCGACCUGCUGAGCAUCGACCAACGCAUUUCAUUGCGCUACCCAUCGGCCAUCAUAGGCUACUCAGAGAGAAAAUCUCCACUUUUACCAAUGCAGUUACACUAAGCUCUCCCCCUAUAUCAGGUCUCGACAAAUCCAUCGUGGUCGCACCUCGCAGAUUACACCUUACCCUUGGAGUAAUGUGCUUGAACCCGGCCUUGUCUGGUGCUACCUCGACGUCCCAAAGCUUUAAAACACUACCAGCAGCUCUGAACCUCCUUUCGGCUUUGAAGCCUCGUAUCAUGGAAAUGAUAGGUGACAAGAGACUCUGCGUACCCUUGAAUUUCAUGGACAUUAUGAAUCCUGAUCGGGGGGAUCACGACAAAGCACACGUGCUCUGGAUGGGACCUUCAUUAGAUAGUGAGGACGCACAGCUCCUUAAGCGGGUUUGCGAGAUGGUAACGAAAGCUUUCACCGACGCUGGUUUCGUGACAGAUCGACGUCCCCUUAAGCUCCACUGUACCGUGAUUAACACUAUCUACCGAAAGCCAAAGAGCAGAGGACCACGGCAACCAUUCUCCUACAAGUCGCUCCUUAUGUCCACGAGCAGCCGGCCAUACCUGUGCAAUGCAUCCCCAAGCCCCGAUUUCCGUCGUCCAGUUCCAAUUGAAUUCGGGAAAUGGAAUGUGGACGAGGUACAGAUAUGUGAGAUGGGUAGCUAUGGACCACAAGGAGAAUAUGUAAGCUGUGGGGGGUGUUCCUUGGUUGCAUGAGGGCUUUCUUAGGUGCAUGUGGACAAACUCCAUGGUAUAUGUGUAUUCUCCACCGCUGUAUGUGUUGUAAAUGUAGUUGAACAGAAAACUUGUGCUUCUUCUGCCAGAUAGCUAUACAAGCAGUGUCACAGCAUUAGCAG